GGAGAUGAAAAAAGAUAGGACCGUACAAUACGCGGCACAAUGCAACUAAGCAGAGGGCUACAUGACAUGCCCUUUAACAGAGCACAGAAUUGUUGGAAAAGAAUCAAAGGUCAACACAGUUCCACGCAUUUGCAUAUCAAAUAGGCCUAUGACGAUUCAAAAUGACUAUGACGAUUGUAAAAUAUUGCCUACUCUCUGUCGCGUCAUAUCCAGAUUAUCUACAACUCCAUACCAAAAUAACGUAACGUGCUGAAAACUAAACAUGGCUAGUGCUAUCGAUAAAAAGGCGUCCGAUGAAGAAAUAUCGGAGAAUGAGACCUUCAAAACUAUAAAAGCAAUUUUUUCAAGUUGGUAUGACGCCAAUAGGUGUCUUCCUAUGUUGAGAGUGCUGUUCAGAGAUCAUGUAGAACCUCCAGUACUAAAAAAUAUAACUCUUACAAUUAAGAUUCUGGAUCAACUGAUUAAGGGUGGGCAUCUGAGUUCAACAAAUCUUAGUAUAAUUUGUGAUACUAUCAGAGUUACUAAACAUUUUGGUCUGCAAGCGAAGCUUGAAAAAUUAAACCCGAUAUUCCAGGGUCUUAAGGAAGGAACAAUAACAAAAUUCACACCUCACAGACAAAAUCUAAUGGCAUUUGGAAUGAUACUAAAUGAUGCCAAUGUGAUAAGGAUAGAUGGAAUGUAUAAUCAGCCCCUUAAGGAUUAUGACAACGCCUGGGAAAUGAUUACUGACCUAGAAGACGAAGGGGAAAUCCAGGAAGGCAAUAUGGAGUCAUUAAAGGAAAAAUUAAGAACGCUAGGUCUUCGUCUGGCAUUGGGGAAACUAACAAAAGCUAUUGAGGCUCCUCGAACAUGAAUUCUGCGUGCGCACCUGAGUACCUACGGCAUCUACGACACCUGCACUCACUCACGGUACCUGUUGCACCCAAUGUUGUUGAGGUUGACAACCGAAAACGUUUGCUCAUUUGAUAAAAUAUGCAGUACCUGGCAACAUUUUUUUAUUUUUUAAAAUUUUUUUGUAACAACGUGUCGUAAUUAGAAAAUCCAAGGGGUGUAUACCGAUUUGU